AGUAACAUCUUUGACACUGACAAAGGUGUAAAGUUGUAUCUAUCAAGAUUUAAAACUUCUAUGAUAGAAAGUUAAUAUUCUUAAAUAUCUGGUGAUACCUGAAAAUAUUUCUGCUGAAAUGUUCCACUUUAGCAUCUUCUUUAGAUUCCAAUGAAUUACUUAUAUAUAUAUGAAUCAUGGAAGCAGCACAAGAUAAUUUUGAUUUAAAAGAUCUCGCCACGAAAAAAAUUAUAUUUGGGGAAGAACUCAUUAAAUCUAUUGAAAUAUUCAAACAAAUAGAAGGUUCACAGAAGUUGUCUCGUAAAAUUAAUCAGGAAUUGAAAUUUUUAAGGAAGGCUCAUAAAAAUAAUUCUUUAAAAAAAGAGCAUCUGCAGUGUUCAAACCUUACCCACUUUUCUGCUCUCAUAAAUACUUUGAGAACUGUAGAAAAAUGUCAAAGUGUAAAUAAAGUCUUUGUGCUCGAUGGUAGAAAAAUCACAGUUGAUAUUAUUAGUGAUGGUGGACUCACCUGGACAAAAGUAAUUGCAAGGAAUCCUAAAUCUGUUAGUCAAAUAUGUAUGGGAAAUGCAAGCUAUGGAGUUAGAAGUAUUAUCGAUCAAGCUGAUGAAUAUAUUAAAUGUGCCAAACUCCAUCCUUGUUUGUUUCAAUCACCAAAGAUAGUAUUUGUUUUUACAAAUGGAAUUGGUUGUCACAUUGCAGCUAAAUUAGAAUCACGAGGUGUUAUUGUCCAUGGUGAGAGAGUUAGUGAUAACCCCCUAGAUUCAGAUAGUGAUUCAGAUGAGGAAAAUUCAUAUAUGAGGAUACCAAAUGUUUCAGAACUUUCUACAAAAGAUGUAGCCAAUAUAAAUAAAUUGAAUCUUGAUGUUUCAGCUAUGUUAGCUUACUGUAGCUCACUUACAAAUGGAAGUGCUCAGUUAUAUGAUUUCAAUGUACCAGUUUUAAAACAACAUGCUGAAUGGGAAAGGCUAAAACCACAAAAACCUAUACUUGAUAGUUUUUUCAAAGAUAAAAAACUCUAUUGUUGUCAGACAGCAAAAGACAACUUUGUUAAUAUUGUUGAAACAGUCGGUGGUCCUUCUGAAAAAAUAAGGGCCCAAGAACUGCUAAGUAGAUUGAUAGUUUUACCAGAUGAUGCAGAUUAUACUAAAACAAAUUACAAUGAAGACUUUGAAGACAUAUUUGAUAAAGUACAGUAUUCUGAUGAAAAGAUAUUGAAAGUUGGGGGGAAAAUUAAAAAAAGAUCUCUAAUUGUCUUUACAUUCGGUGAUAGAAUUAAAGCUGUUACAGUUACAGCAAAUGAUGGAUUCGUUAGAUCUGCAAAGCAACAGGUAAUUAUUUAUAAAUUUUGGUCUCCAUUUAUGUUACAAGUAAAAUUUUCAUUUAUAUCCAUAACUCUAAUAUUUGGUUUUGAGGAGUUACCUUGAAUACAGGUACCAGUAUGUAAGCUACAAUAAUCAAAAUAGCCUAACAAAGAUGUGCAUGUGUGGAAACCUCGGGGCUGAUAAUAGAACCAACAUGGUAGGAUAAGCUUGUAUGCAGAUGAUAUGUUACUAACAUACUUCUCACAAACAGCUGAAGAAACAAAAACUUGACAACCACCCUCAAGGUUUUAGUGUAUGGUGGCAUUAUUUAGAAAAUGAUCCUUACCUUCUGUGAAAAUUUCAAGUAAAUUCAGGCAGGACGAAACGAUUUUAGCCAAAAUGCUUCAUUUCCUGGAGUAUAGGUAUCUCCAAUAACUAUAUGAUAAUUGUUCGCAUAUUACAAAUCAAUUUAUUAACCCUGUGUGAGGUUAAUCCUCUCAAAUGGUUAUCUACCUGUUUGUUAUUAUAAUACAUAGUCAUCUACGAGAAUGGAUGCUUUGAGAAAACACUCUGUGACAGUUUAAAAAGGACUCAACUGUACAAAAAGGUGGUGUCUAUCGCUGGCUCUAAACGCCAAUUCGGACAAGACCUACCUAAUUUUCUUCACUAGGAAGAAAAAACUUAACCUCAAGCCCAUUAAGCUAGACGGGCAAGUAAUCGAGGGGAAAUAUCUGGGACUCGCACUAGAUAGUACACUUCUCUGGAACAAACAUGAAAAAGAAAUAAUCACCAAAGCCACAAAAGCUCUGAUGGUGUGCAGAAACUUUGUAGGGAGGAAUUGGGGUCGUAACCCAAAAACGCUAAAGUGGAUGUACAUGGCAAUUGUGAGACAAAUCACCACAUAUGGGGCAGUGGUUUGGGGUAUUAGAACUCUCUCAAAGGUACAAAGACUGGCUUGCUUAUGUGCAACUGGGGCCAUCAAAUUUUGCCCAAUAGCUGCACUAGAAGUGAUAGAAGCCCUGGGACAUGCCUCAGGAAGUUGCAUAGAAGAGGUUUCGCUUUGAGAAAAACUUCACCUCAAAAAUAAUAAACUGUAAAAAGAAAGUGGGAUCAAAACACCAUACAAGAAAUGAACAUAAAUGCCUUUAAAUGGUAUACGGAUGUAUCAAAAACAGCAGACGGAAUUGGAAUAGGAGUGUACGGGCCCAGAACCAAGCACUCUGAGAGCCUGUUCAGCGCAUCAAGCAUUUUUCAAACAGAAAUCUACGCAAUUGAAGGAUGUGUUCAGCUCAAUCUAGAGAGGAACUAUCGCAAUCAGGAGAUCAUUAUUUUGUCCGAUAGUCAAGUAAACAUUAGAGCUCUAAGCUCCAAGAUCAUAAAAUUCAAACUCGUUUGGGAUUGCGAGCUAAGCAAUAAAAAUAAAA